AGCAACUUCACGAGAAGCUUCCCACGCAGCAGCCUAGAGCUAGGUUCAGAAGCUAGCUAGGAAGAAAGCCUAGAGAAUCAAUGGGAGGGAGCCAGUCAUGCUUCGGCGGCGGUAGCCGGGACUACGACGAGUACGAGCAGCCGUGGCGGUCGGCGAGGAAGGUGAGGCCGAGCGACGAGGACGGGCUGUGGUACGUCGGCGAGCGGGACGUCGACAGGAAGGCCACGGAGUUCAUCGCCAGGUUCCACGCCUCCGCUAGCUACGUGGAGGCUUGAGCUUGAGCGCGCGGCCGGAAACCAAAUAUCUGUUCAAUCUUUGCUCUGUCGAUCUCGUCGUACUGCUUCCGCAAGUGAUCUUGUCUCGGGCUAAUCCACUUGGUUCAUUCGACAUUGAUUUGUAAUCUUGCUGCUCUCUUCAGUUAAUUUUAUUAGCUAGUAGUCUAGUCCCAUGCAUGGCUUUCUACAUUAAUCUCUGAAGUUAUAAUGUAAUUAAGGUUGUGUUCAGUAAAUAUGUAUUCCAUAAAUAAGAGCAACAGCCGGAGGCAUGAGCUUAU